ACUCAGCUCGGUAUCCAUCAGACAAAGAUGGCUCUGCAGUGAAAAACUAAAGGUUGGCGGGAAUACAGUAAUGGAACCGUUUUUUCCCAGAAGCAGGACUCCGUAAGGUACGUCGGGUCUUUGUUGAAGUGCAAAUAAUGAGACAGCGCUAGGGGAAACAGACCGUUAUCGCCAGCUGGGUUACUUGACUAAAUGGUAAAUGUUUCCAGGGCGUCCAGGGAGACGGCGUCAUCUUCCACUUCCAAGCCCUUUGUGAAAAAAAGGCUUCAGUGGAAUUUUAAAGGCCCCAGUAAAUGAUCUCUGCUUUAGCGGCCCUGGAGUCAUUUCUGCGAGUGGAAAGAUCUCUUCAUAUUUGAAAACCACUUUCGGAGACCGGCCCCGCCCAACGCUUUUACAAGUUUGGAAGGGAAGGAAGUCUGCAAACUCUCCUCCUCAGCCCCCCCGACGAGAGGAAACGGGGCAGCGGGAAGGGGGGGCUGCCCUUUCGAGGAACGCUCGACCCGAACGAAGCCCCCGGGGAGAAAUCUUGGCUGGGAAAGGAAAUCCACGGGGUUUGCAAUCGAGACAGCUGGGAGUCGGUGCGCCCCCGUCGGCGCAAACCUCGUCUCCUGCUCGGGGCGCGCGGAGAGACGCUUGACACGUAGGGUGGGUGGCGGCCAUGGCCGAGGCCGCGGCCCCCGGACCGGCUCUCUGGGGGGCCGUGGCGGCGGGGCCGCCCGCCUUCCUGCUGGGCUUCCUCGUGGGCUGGUUGGUUAAGCCCUCCGAAGACACUGCCGCGCUGUCCGAUCUAAACGUACGGUGGGAUCUGAUUUCUCAAAUGAAGGCCGAGAACAUAAAGCACUUUCUCCGUUCCUUUACGAAGUUCCCUCACCCGGCAGGAACAGAACAGAACUUGCGACUCGCAAGGCAAAUCCAGGCCCAGUGGAAGGAAUUCGGCUUGGACUCGGCCGAGCUGGUCGCCUACGAUGUCCUCCUGUCCUUUCCCAACGGGAGCAAUCCCAAUUACAUUUCGGUCGUGGAGGAGCACGGGGCUGAGAUUUUAAACACCUCGUUCUUUGAACUGCCUCCAGAAGGAUACAGAAACGUCUCCGAGUUGGUGCCUCCGUAUAACGCUUUCUCCGCCCGAGGCACGCCUGAGGGAGAUCUCAUAUACGUGAACUACGCUCGGACUGAGGACUUUUUCAAACUAGAGCGGGAGAUGAAUAUCAACUGCACCGGCAAGAUUGUUAUUGCUCGAUAUGGAAAAAUCUUCAGAGGGAACAAAGUGAAGAACGCCAUGCAGGCUGGAGCCUCGGGGCUCAUCCUGUUCUCGGACCCGGCUGACUACAGCGCGCCCGGCGUGGAACCUUACCCGAAGGGCUGGAACCUCCCCGGAGAUGCCGCCCAAAGGGGGAACGUGCUGAAUCUCAACGGGGCCGGUGACCCCCUCACGCCAGGAUAUCCCGCCAAAGAAUACACCUUCAGGCACGAGGUCGGCGAGGGUGUCGGAAUCCCCAAAAUUCCUGUUCAUCCCAUCGGAUUUCACGAUGCAGCAAAGUUAUUACGCAACAUGGGCGGGCCUCCUCCACCGGACAGUGGCUGGAAGGGAAACCUGAAUGUGUCCUAUAACAUUGGGCCUGGCUUUGUGGGCGAAGAUUCUUCUCGAAAGGUGAGAAUGCAUGUCCACAACUACAAUAAAAUAACGAGGAUUUACAAUGUGAUUGGAACCAUCAGAGGUGCAGUGGAACCAGACAGGUACGUUAUUCUGGGAGGUCACCGAGAUUCCUGGGUAUUUGGCGGCAUCGAUCCGACCACCGGAACAGCCGUUCUCCAAGAGAUCGCCCGGAGCUUCGGGAAGAUGGUGCAAGGAGGCUGGAGACCGAAGCGGACGAUUAUUUUUGCUAGUUGGGAUGCAGAAGAAUUUGGACUCCUGGGUUCCACAGAGUGGGCUGAAGAGAAUGCCAGAAUCCUGCAGGAGCGAAGCGUGGCUUACAUUAAUUCGGAUUCAGCCAUAGAAGGGAACUACACCCUGCGGGUCGACUGCACCCCCCUUCUCUACCGGCUGGUGUAUCAGCUGACCAGAGAGGUGCCCAGUCCUGAUGAUGGCUACAAAGGCAAGUCCCUUUAUGAGAGCUGGCUGCGAAAGGACCCGUCCCCCGAGGGGAAGGAAGUGCCCAGAAUCAACAAGCUGGGAUCUGGAAGCGAUUUUGAAGCGUAUUUCCAGAGGCUCGGAAUUGCUUCCGCUAGAGUCCGUUACACCAAGAAUAGGAAAACGGACAAGUUCAGCAACUAUCCGGUCUAUCACACCAUCUACGAGACGUUUGAGAUCGUAGAGCAGUUUUACGAUCCCACAUUCGCGAAGCACCUCGCCGUCUCCAAAGUACGGGGCGGGCUAGUGUAUGAACUUGCAGACUCGAAGGUGAUCCCUUUCGACUGUCAAGACUACGCGGGGGCUUUAGCGAACUAUGCCUCCGGGAUCUAUAAUCUGUCCAAGAAACAUGAGCCACGAGUUAAGGAAUAUGGAGUGUCGUUCGAGCCCCUGUUUUCUGCCGUGAGAAACUUCUCGCGGGCUGCCACGGAAUUCCACCGAAGAUUGGCGCAGAUAGAUUUGAAUGACAGCCUCGCAGUGAGGAUCGUCAAUGACCAGUUGAUGUUGGUGGAGAGAGCUUUCAUCGAUCCCCUCGGUUUACCCGGGAGGCCGUUCUACCGGCACAUGGUGUUCGCUCCGAGCAGCCACAACAAGUACGCGGGGGAGUCGUUCCCGGGGAUCUUCGACGCCCUCUUUGAUAUCGGGAACCACCCCGACCCCCCGAAGGCCUGGGCCGAAGUCAAGAGGCAGAUCUCCAUCGCGGCCUUCACGGUCCAGGCGGCCGCGGACACCCUGAAGGAGGUGGCGUAGGGAGGGGCCGACGGGUGCCGGGGUUAAGGACGCUUUCGGACGACUGUGGUCAGUAAACCGAAUUUCUGUUUCCGGUG